AUGGAGUCGUUGAGCGAUAAUCUCUACAUCAUCAUCGAUCUCGAACACGCCCGAAGAAGAAGAAGUGGAAUCAACGGUCAUCGUAAAGAAGAUCCGCCACCUGGGAUAUGCGCGGUCAGGAAACUCGACGAGGAGAUGUUGAUAGCCGCGGUCCACGCCACAAUAUGGUGGCACAAAGAGCCACCAACCCGCCAGCAAAGUCGACGAGGAAGCCGACUGGUUGCAGCAAAUCUGCGACGCUGCGACUCCACGCGUCAGGCGAUCGUAUCGCGACUCGGUCUAUUGAUGGACGCCAGAGAUCCAGAAGAAGAGGAUCAGAAUCUAAUGAGCGCGCAGGAAGUAUCGCCGAAAUGCGACGAUAGAAAAGGCACUUUACCUCAGAUGCUGGGAGAAGGUGGACUGCCUUCAAAUGUUGAUACGUUCGGCCAAAUCUCAUGCGUGUGA